AUGAUACCCCUUGAUCAAUGGAAAACCUUCCUCAAAGCCACUAAAUUGACUACUGGAUCGUUUGAGAUAAUUUUGAACUCUUUUCUGAUCCUCCUCAUCAUUUUUCGAUCUCCAAAACACCUUGGAGCUUAUAAGUACCUCAUGAUCUAUAUCUCAUUGGUCGAAAUCGUUUAUUCCAUACUAGAAAUGAUAACCGAACCACAUGCUUUCACACAUGGACCCACACUAACAGUAUUGCGUUAUUUUAAGCAUUCAAGAAUUGGAAGAAACCAAGGAUUCUAUCUUAUAGUCAUGUAUGCCGGAACUUUUGGUCAAUCUAUUGCCCUUUUUGGGGUUCAUUUCAUCUAUCGGUAUGGUGCAGUUGAUAAUGUGUUCCGUACGAAAUAUCUUGGUGAACGUAAACUAUUCAUUCUAUUUUCAUUACCAUUGAUAUAUGCUCUAUGGUGGUCGAGUGUAGUUUUCUUUCUCUUUCAACCUAGUACUGAAUCGGAUGAAUACUUGAGAAUUCCCCUUCUUCAAAAAUACGAUACCAAGGUUGACGACAUAUCAUACUUGAUAGUUUUCUUCUAUAAACCUAAUGAAAUUGGGUAUCUCGAACCGGUAUGGUCCGCCUUUUUUGGAAUGAGUUGUGCGUGGUUCAUGAUGUCUACUUCAUUCUUUUGUGUGUUUUAUUUCGGCAUUAAGUGCUACACAAAAAUCACGAAGGCACUGAAAAAGUCCAAAAUGUCUUCCUACUACGCUAGAUCAAUUCAAAGUCAGCUGUUUCAAGCGUUGGUAAUGCAGACCCUGAUCCCAGUUGUAUUAAUGUAUGUGCCUGCAGGAGUUUCAUAUUCAUUACCAAUGUUUAACAUUGAAGCAGGACUAUCAACUAGUUUUGUGAUAGUCACCAUUGAUUUAUCCAGCUGUGGAUCCGUUACUCACCAUGUUCAUUCCCCUUAUCUUCGUGACCGUCCUCGAGGUCUCGGCCUCCUUCAACUGCCCACUGGAAUGUCCGAUGAAAGAUCCGGACCAUUUCUCCCCGGACUUUUUAUUGCUGGAAACAAAAUUAACGAGAAACCCCAAACUGUUCCAGAUGUGCAUUUGCCUGGUCAGCCGGCAAUUUUUUCUGGGAGAUCUGCCUUCAACCCAUUCACCCAUAUGGUUUCUGCUGUGUACGCUGAAGAUUUAUCCGAUGGUUGGGGCGCUGGAAUGGCUGUAAAUGGAGUCAAUUCCUACGGUUUGAAUGUGCGCAAAAAUUUUGACUCUUACGCCGACGUCCCUUUAAACCUGAACGAUGGAAUGUAUCAACCGUUUAUAUCAGCGGCAACCGUCGGUGCCGAGUACGAUUAUUCGAAAAUUCGAGAAGUUUCCGGAGCCUUGGACCUUCCUGUACCUGGAAUCAAUGAGCUAUUCGAUUUGAAUGGGAGGUUUAUGACGAAAAAUGCGUUGAUUGUGAAUACAGCAAUGGAGUUCCCAUUGACACUUUCGGAUCCAAAUGAGAGAGCACCGUAUACUUUCAAAUACGCAGUGUGGGCUCCGGAUCGUCACAUGGCUUAUGGCCAUGUCAUGCCCAAUGUGAACCUAUUCGUUGUGGGCAAGGACAAGAUUAUGGAGAGAUUGAAGCAAAAUCGACUGAAUCCAACAAUGAUCGGUUGA